GGUAUGUGAGUCAGUUAGGGGAGGGCAGCUCUCACACUGGCUGAUAGUUCUGUGAUCUGGGUCUAUCUACUACAUGAGUUCUGUUGAAAGAUGGAACACAGCAGGUUUCUGGCUGGUCUGAUACUGGCUGCACUUCUCUCCCAAGGCAAGGCUUCUUCAGUGAGCCGUGAGUUUAAAGUUGUGAAGGAAUUUGAGGACAAAGUGAUUUUGAAUUGUGAUAGAGGCAUCACAUGGCUAAGUGGAAUGAAGGGGAAAUCAUUUUCAGACAAUACAAUUCUGGACUUGGGAAAACGUACCCUGGACCCACGGGGAUUGUAUGAAUGCAAUGUGACAGAUGGAAACAGCUUCAAAACAUUUACCGUGCAAGUAUAUUAUCGAAUGUGCCAGAACUGUGUGGAGCUGGAUUCAGCUACCCUGGCAGGCAUUAUUGUCACUGAUGUCAUUGCCACUCUGCUCCUUGCUUUGGGAGUCUACUGCUUUGCUGGACAUGAGACUGGAAGGCUUUCUAGGACUGCUGACACUCAGGCUCUAUUGAGGAAUGACCAACUCUAUCAGCCUCUCAGAGAUCGGAAUGAUGCUCAGUACAGUCGUCUUGGUGAAAACUGGCCUCGGAACAAGUGAACCUCAGACUGAUGGCUUAUAGGAACAUCAGUUACUGACUGUACCAUCUCUCCUUCUCAGCCAAUAAAGAUGUCUUCUCCCACUCAGCAGGCGCCUGGACUUUUCAAGGUUCUGGGGCAAGGCAUAGGAUGUAUCCUGAUCUGGCAGGGCCCUUGCCUCUCUGCACACAUACGCUCUUCAUUCUUUGCUUCUCUUCCUCUGCCCCACAUGGACAGUGUGAUGGGUAGUCUCUUGCUACAUCCUGGCUCACUGAUGUUUUUAACCUGGUGGAUUCCCUGGGUGCAGAAUGUGUCCCACCACACUCCCCCCGCUACUUGUUGCCUCUAGUCAGGCUCUAUUACAACCCUUUCUGAGUGUUGGCUUCCUCACCACAGCUGAGGGCGGCUUUGGUGUUCAGGGACCCAGUCACACAGAACUUUCCAUGACAUCAUGAGUGCAGGUGGCAGGGACAUUAAGAGCCCUGGGACUCACUUCUUAUCAAGAGAUGUUUGUAUGAGAAAGUCCCCCUUCGGCUAAGGGGCUGGCCUUGGCUUUUUGACCUCUGUGAGGCCACUAGCUGCGAGAAGGUCUCAGCCUAGGCCCCUUAAGUACCAUUUGUCUACCUUUCCCCAGAACCUACCCCACCCCUGCCUUCUACAUGGGUGAUAAACUAGCAUCAGAAACCUUUCAACAAUUAAAACACAUCAUUCCUUUUCACUCACUUGGAGAGCUGGAGUUUGAGACUGGGUUGGGGCUUAGGAUAUUUUCAGUAGAUGUCCUCUUUAGCUGGUGGGCUAGUUUUGGUUCUGAAAUUUUGGGAGCCUGAGGGACUUAUUAAGAAUACAGACACUUGCCCUGGCUGGCAUAGCUCAGUGGACUGAGCGCGGGCUGCGAACCAGUGUCGCAGGUUCGAUUCCCAGUCAGGGCACAUGCCUGGGUUGCAGGCCACAGCCCCCAGCAACCACACAUUGAUGUUUCUCUGUGUGUGUGUGUGUGUCUCUCUCUCCCCGUUUCCUCUUUAAAAAUAAAUAGAUAAAAUCUAAAAAAAAAAAGAAUACAGACACUUGGACCCCAUUCUCGGCACGUAGUCCCUAGGUGAUUCUGAAACAAUCCCAAUUCCGAGAAUCUCUGGUUUAGAGGAAGAACUGAGACCACCUACUGUCUUGUACCCUUUAUGCCUAUUCUGUCUACCAUAGGUGGGAACCCCUUUUAUUUUCUGAGUAAGAGUAAUUUAAUGAACUUCAGGAACAUUUAAUGAGAGUUGGCCUUUUCUAGACCAGGUUUCCCCCCAAAAGAAAAGAAUGAACAAUAACAUAGCCAAAGAUCUGAAUGAUUCUGCCCACUGUCUUUUCAAGAUAUACACAGACUGUAAUUUUGGUAGACAGAUUUAACUUUCACUUUACAACACAUGCUACAUUCAUGGUUAUGAUUUAUUCCUACCCUUUAUAUUCCUACUACUGUAGUCCUCCUAACCAUAGAUCCUACUUUCACCUUGGGCAACCCUUCCAUGUCAUGUAUUACACCAAUGCUUGUGUCCUGCAUACUUCCUUUUACCUUUAUUCUUCAUAUGCUAUUAUACCCCUGCAUAUCUCUCACCAGUUUUCAACAUUGGCUGCAUGUUGGAAUCUCCCGGGGAUCUUUAAAUGCAUUGGUGUCUGCCUCCUGAGUCCAAAACUUAUUGGUUUGGGGCAUUAGGACUUAAAGUGAUUUUAACGGGAAGCCAAGGUUGAGAAACACUGCCCUCCAUCUGAGUACUUCUGGAAAUUUGUGUUCUCUCUCUCCCUCCCUCCCUCCCUCCCUCCCUCUACCUUGUAAAAGCAAAUUUAUUGAGGUAAACUGACAUGAAUAAACCACAUAUAUUUAAAGUGUAAAAUUUGGUAAAUUUUGGUGUUAUAUACACACUUGUGGAACGUCACCACAAUCAAGAUAAUGAACAUAUUUAAUAUCUGGAACAGUUUCUUUGUGCUCCUUUGCAUGAAAUCCCUCCCUCCUUUCUCACCUUACCCCCCUACCCUCCAGGCAACACACUGAUCUGCUUUCUGUUAUUACAGAUUAGUUUUCAUUUUUCUACAAUUUACAUAAAUGAAAUAAUAUAAUGUAUUCUUGGUCUGGCUUCUUACACUCAGAAUAAUUAUUUUGAGAUUCAUUCACCUUGUUGCAUCUAUCAAUAGUUCAUUCUUUUUUGAUUUUUUAGUAGUAGUCCAUUGUGAGGAUAUACAUGGCUGUUUAUUUACAUGUUGAUAGUCUUUUGGGUUGUUUCCUGGUUUUGGCUAUUACAAAUAAAGUUGCUAUGGACAUUUAUACAUGUG